AGGGACGUAGUCGACAGCAAAGGAAGGAAUGAAGUUCACAUGGACUGACCCAUGGAGACAAGGACCUGGAGGCUGUACUCUGUGAAAAGCUGAUCCUCCUACAAUAUCUCACAAAAGCAUCAGCGGUGCAGUUUUCACAUUUCUUCAGGACCGUGUGCUAUGACUGCCAUGCCCCUGUUCAGCUGGAUGAAAUGGUCCCAUGAAACAAAAGUGCAGGCUCGAGAAGAAGCGGCACCUCCAAAGACCUCGGUGGUCGUGCCCAGUCGCAUGUUGAUCAGAGAGCUCCUGUGGCACGUGGAGGAGCGCGAGCGGUUGGUGAGGGAACUGGAUCGAGAGCACAGGCUGGCCCACGGCGCCCUGGGCCUCCAUUGGUUUCAAAAGUACCCCAGGUUACGGACCCUCAUCCCCACAUCAGAGCUACACCAGCUGGAGUUCCUGUGUGCCCAGAUUCCACCCGUCCACGCAGCCACUGUGCUCUCAAGGUUUCGUGAGGUGCUUGCCACGAACAACAUUAGGCCCUGGGAGCUGGCUUCUGUCUUCAAGCAGGUGCUCAGAGACUUCUUGAGCCAAAAGGAGCACGAAGAGGAGAACUUCUCAGUGCAGGCAGCAGAGCUCCGACCAACGGACGCCUGGACCAGCUGCUACAUAAUGAAGCAGGGCUUCGUCACACCCACCGUCCCCAACUGUAGAGACCACCCAAGGGAGGAGAUCCCAACAAUCUCUGGAUAUGUGGAUCGGGCCAUGCGGCACUCCGGUUUGUUCGCAGGGUCCAACAGAGACUGGGACCUCCCAGAUUACUACCCAGUUCCUCUAAGGCCCUCAGGGACGUACAGCACUACAUUGUGAAAGGAAGCUCUGCUGCGGGUUUGUGUUUAACACAAGAAAGUACAGUUCGCACGUCCAUAUCAUGGAGACAAGAUGCAAAAACUUGAUUAUUUAUAUUAAGCUAGGUAUCAUAGCUUGUGACCAAAAAUAAAAGCAUGACUUUAGGCUAGGUGGACAAUGUAUUGAACCGUUUCAUGACAAUAACUAGUUAGACGCCUGCUCUUUUGGACUCUACUUAGUAGACCGACUGAUUUUCUCUUUUCUAGAAUAAAAACCUCAAUCAGACUUUGUACAGUUGGCCAUAUAUUACAAACAUGUAUUGUCAGGUGGCAAGAAUGACGUCAUAAUGUCAACAGGAUGUGAAGACAUGCAUGAGAAAUAUCCGAAAAGUUUAACCAAAGAAUGACGUUCCCA